AGCCUAUUGGGUUUAUUUCAUGUUUAUAUGAUUUUCUAGUAGACUUAAGGUAUGAAGAUCCAAAUUCAGGAAGACAAAUCUGAACUAAAAUGUGGCUGCAAUCCCUCAAAAACAUCAAAGGAUUUUCAUACUUCAUUCUGAGGUCCCAGGGAGGAGUGACUUGUUACACAUAGGGUAGUCACUAUACAAAAAACAUCUCAGAUAUUUUUGAUCGUUGAGUUCAGCCAUAGAUUGAGCCUACAGCAGAGCUUUCUACCUAAACCCCUUACACUCAUUACUCCCUGUACUGAAUUACUGAUCCUUAGGGAUUUCUAGAGGAACAAACAAGUCUCACCAGACAUCAGCGUUGACCUUCUUGAAAUACUAUAAUGACACCAUUGUUAACUACUAUGCAUCCUAUUUAUCUUACUGGAAAGGAGAGAGGUAGCCAUGGAUAUACAGAUAAGGCAAUCACAGCUCUCUCAGAAGAAGCCUUUAUAAAGGAUCAAGCCUUUAGCUGAUUAGCAGAAGAACAAGGCAUCUCCAGGGCACGAUACAGAGAAAUGAAGGAAACAAGAUGAGAUGUUCCUCUUCGGCCAUAAAACGGAUAAAUCAGCAUUCCAAGAAGAAUAGAAACAGUGCUGCGAACAAUGAUUCUAGGGUGGCCAGAUAUUGUGUCUAUUGCCAUUUAUUUCACCACUCUUUUCGGGGCUGUGGCAAACCUGAUCAUUUUCUUCGCCUUUAUCAGCAAUGCCAUCAAGAAGAAGGUUUUCCAGCCUCUGGACAGGAUCAUUGUUAACAUGGUAUUGGUCAACUUCUUGCUUUGCUGUUACAAGAAGAUUCCUGGGAUCUUGGUGUUUUUCCAUAUUAAAGUGUUUGUAGAUGUGGGAUGCAGGAUCCUGCUUUAUCUAUACCGCACUCUCAGGUUAGUCAGCCUAUGGUCAGUGGCCAACCUAAGCUUUCUUCAUCUCAUCAAGAUAAGGAGGCCAAGCCAUCGCUGGUUGAAAUAUAUUCACAGACAUUAUGGGCCCUACGUUAACUGGUCCCUGGCUGGCUGUUGGGUUGUUAGUAUCACAUUUCAUGUACCAUAUCUUCUAUAUAGUGAUACAGAGCAUGUGCACAAUCAGAGCAGCAUCCUAAUCACAAGCACCAACUGUUUAGGUCAAUCGGAGAGCUCCCUGCUGAAUCUUCUCACCUACAUCACAGUGAGUGUGGACUUCCUGCUGAUAAUCCUCGUGACACUAUUAAAUGGCUUUACCGUCGAUCUGAUUUGUAGACACAGGAGACAAGUAAGGGACAAAAUGACUGUCAGACAAGGAUGGGACAAACGUACGGCACGGGCAACAAAGAUCCUGCUGUCUCUUCUCUCUAUCUAUGUCAUCUGCUGGGUCUCCACCGACCUGACCUGGAUUGCAAUUGUGUCUGGACUAUCAGAGGGCUUCCAAAAUAAUCUUCACGUUGCAAUGUAUGGGGUUUUGUCCUCUUUCUACUAUUCUGGCACCUCUGGAAUCAUGGUUUUUGGCUACAGGAAAGUGAGGGACUUCUUAUGUAAGGCAACUUGUUCCUGCAAGUGGAGGGUGCCCCCGGUUAUACAAGAAGAACCACAGAAGCAAUGAUGGAAUAUUAUACUCCUUGUUGCGCCAAAGAAGAGUGCCCUUGACUAUGAGAGAUGCUAAGUCUAGUUAUUAUAAGUCAAGAGAGUUUUGUACCAUUGUGACAGUGGUUAUAUGUGGAUUAAUAGUUAGCAGCGAAGACAUUGAUGUUUUAAGCAGGUGGAAGGUGAAAGGGGUAAAUCUAAUUUGAUAAAUGUAUUUUAAAUUGAUUUGUUGUUGUUCCAAGUUCAAGUCACUAGACGAUGGGUCAGGACAUUCCCCUUAGAGAAGGUUCUGGAAGGAGGACCUGGGGUUAUUUGUAAGAUCUGACUGACUCUCAACUUUAUUUAUUAUUACAAUGUAUGCACAGAGGGUUAGAACCCUGCAGCUUUGGGGUCCUGAGUUCAAUUCCUCCAGGGCAAUAUCUGCAAGGAGUUUGUAUGCUGUCCCCAUGUCUAUAGGGUUCCCCCAUACACUCCAAAAAUAUACAGGCAGGUGAAUUGGUUCUUAACUUAAAGGGGAACCAUCACGAAAAUGAAAA